AUGAGUAGACAGCAAGUCAUGGCAUUAACUACCAAAUUAAGGGAUUCUAAUCAAAAUUAUCAGUAUCGUUGGAAUAGAUAUCUUAAUACUUGGCAAUAUACGCCUUUAGAAAUUAAUAAUUUCCAAGUUGGACGAUUCAAUAAUGCAAAUCAACCAAUUACAAUGAAACAGUAUCCAAAUGUGAUGCAAACAUACUCUUCGCCUCAAACAGAUAUUAUUACUUCCCAAUAUCGUCAUAUGCAAUUACCAUAUACUUACAUAACAAAACCUUUAUUACGUGAAACACAAACAAAUAUUACUCAAUACUCUUCAGCUAAUGCAGUACAAAAAUUGACGCCACAAAGCAUAUCAGAUUUAAAUUCUGCUCAACAACAAUUUCUGUCUUCUUCAUCUGCUACUCCAAAUUAUCAGCAUUCAUUACAGCAACAAAACAAUGAGCAAUUGUUUCCACUUUGGAAACCUUAUCAGACUGUACUCAAGCCAGAUUUUUCAAAUGCUGAAAGACGACUCAAGAAAUGUUGUUCUAGGUUGGAUAAAGCAGACCCAAGUUGCAAAGAACGAUUUUGUGGUUUUGAUGCUUUAGAACCACAAACGGUGCUCUUCUACUUGGCUACAUGUCAACCCCGAGGACCCACAGUUGGUCAGAUGUGGGAUUGUGCUUCAUCACGACAAAAUCAUACUGAAUGCUGCAUACGAAAAGGCGUAAUGCCUCAAUGCUUAGUUUACUGCGAAACUACUAAUGGUGUACCAACAAAUUACGUCAAAUACCUCUUUUGCUUGGGAAAUUUCCGUCAGGUACGUGAUUGCUUCCGUGAACAUUUGGAAUCAAAUCACAACUUAUACGGCGACUGGUGA